AUGCUGGCAGGCUCCAUGUGGAGAUUGUCCCUCAACCUCAUCUUGGGCUACUGGCAGAUCCCAGUACAUGAAGACAACAUCAAGAAGACCACAUUCACAACCUGGCAUGGCACCUUUGAGUUCAUGGUGAUGCCAUUUGGGUUGACCAACGCGCCAGCAAGUUUCCAGAGGGAUAUGGACAUCAUCCUGUCAGGCCUCAACUGGGUCAGCACUCUGGUAUACAUCAACAAUAUCAUUGUCUUCUCCAUCUCAUUCAAGGACCACCUCCAACACCUCCAGGAGGUGUUUGACCAGCUGCACACCACCAACAUGUUCAUGAAGCUGUCCAAGUGCAACUUCUGUUGGACUGAGUUGCCGUUCCUUGGACUCCUUGUGUGGAAGGAUGGCAUUGCCAUGGACCCCAAGAAGGUGUGUGUUGUGCAUGAGAUGGCACAGCCUGUCAACACCACUGAGCCAUUCCAUGGCGUGGUGUGGAUGCUGGAGUGUGAAGUGGCAUUCAUACAGCUGAAGGAGGCGCUGACAAUGGCACCUGUUCUCACAUUCCCAGAUUUCAAGAGGCCCUUCUACCUGCACACCAACACAUUGAAGCUGGCCAUCAGGGCAGUCCUGUCUCAACAGACAGAGGAGGGUGACAAACAGGUGGUGGCAUAUGCCAGUUGGUGGUUAUCCAAGUCCAAACACAACUACAGCAUGACUGAGUGGGAGUGCUUAAGCAUCAUGUUCUGGAUCAAGUACUUCCAUUGCUAUCUGCAUGGCAGCAAGUUCCACAUUGUCAUGGACCACACUGCACUCAAGUGGUUGAUGGAUGUGAAGGAGCAAUGCAGGUGGUUGGCACAGUGGGCAAUGAAGCUACAACCCUAUGAGUUCAAAAUUGUCUACUGUGCAGGUGUCAAGCACGUCAACAUGGAUGUGAUGAUGAGACCACCCAUUGUGAGCAACACAGACAUUGUGGCCGUGGUCAGUGAGACAAGGGUGAAGUGGGCAGUGGCAAUCAAGGGGCAUGAGUUCAUGUGGCGGGUGGUGAUGGAUCCAUUCGGCAAUGUGGCUUGUGUGGCUGCUCAUUGA